GACUCAGGGGAAAAUGUUACAUGCUUUGACAGCAUCGAAAGAAAUCGUUGACCAAGGUGACUUAAACGUUAAACAUGAGAUAAAACUCAACAUUGACACUCAAAAGGGGACAUUCAAACGCCAGUUUGCACACCCACAGAUCUUUUUGAAACACAACACGCGUUCCCCCACAGAAGGACUCCAUGGCUUCCUUAACCAUUUAGAAAACGACUACCACCUGAGCACUAAAGAAUUGAAGUUUGACUGCUUCGAGGUAGGAAUGACAUGCCCAGAGCCGAUCUUCGAAAGACCGUCGAGAGAUUACCGUAAUGGUAAACUGAAUAAACUCGCUGAGAGAUUCCUUCUGACCAAUAAAGUGCAAAAGAAACUUAACCUGCAUGGUAUUGGCAUAAGAACUGUCGUUAAAGAAGAGGAACUUGUGAAGUCAUCGAGAAGGGUUUCAAAAUCAGGUGUCAUUACGGCCGUUAUGAGAAUUGAGAUCGUAACCCAAAACCACGGCACAUGUAAUCGCAAAUUUGCAUCAGACAUAAAUAUUUUCAAAAAACGCGAUUCGUUCUCUUCAAGUAAUGGACUGGGUGAUUUCCUUAAGCGCGUAGCUCGUGAUUAUUUCCUAGAAACCCCAUUUUUUGGUUUUGGCUGCUUAGAAGUACGAAUGGAGUGCCCCUCCUUGGAGAUCCUUGAAAAGCUGUGGAAAAACUACCGUUCUGGUCGCCUCAAUGAAAUCGUUAAGAGAUACCUUCUGACUGAUGAAGAGAAAAAUGAAGCUGAACUAAACAUGGUAAACUUAACGACCUUGAUCAAAGACGACGAGUACAACUCAUGUAGGAAGUCGUUCUCUGAAGUUGCUGAGCAAUUGGGAGGAGGUGUUAGUCCAGGCACAAUUGGAGAACCACAUGAAGUGAAGAUUAAAGUUUCCCUCGACCAGAUUGACCUCAAAAAAGAGGAAAAAUUCAAUCAACAUCUUGUAGAACAAAUCUCAAUGCUCAUGGAGUACAAUACAUUUUCUCCAAGUGGAGGAGUAGGUAAAUUCAUCGAGUACAUAAGAAACGUGCACAACCUCCUUAUCAAAUCCUUGGGACUCGGCUGCCUAGAAAUACAAGUGGAAUGCCUCACCCUGGAGAGCCUUGAAGGUUUGAAGAAUGACUACUGUUCUGGUGACCUCAAUGAAAUGGCUGAGAAGUUCAUUCUGACUGAUGAGGUGAGAGAGGAACUGGACCUGAAUGAUGUCAGUUUUAAAACUACCAUCAAAAGAGAAGACUACCUGGCAUGCAGGAAGUCUUUCUUGAACGAAGUGGAACCAUUCAGCGAAAUCACAAAUCCAGAAAUUAUUGCAUCUAGUCACACCGACCAUUCGAAGUCACAACCUGAAGGAAACGGUUUAAAAGAAGCUGAACAGGGCGCUGAAGCUAACUUCACGAUAACUACACGAGAUUCAGAAGGAAAACAGAUUUACAGCGAACAAGAACACGUAAUCGUCACUAUCAGAUCUCCAAGAUGGGGAAUAAAAGCAGAAACCAUAGAUUUAAAAGAUGGUAACUACUCAGUAGGUUACAAACCAAAGUGUGCAGGGCGACACGACGUUACAAUCGAGAUUGAAGGAUGGCCACUGACCGGUAGCCCCUGGAGAGUAAAGGUGAAGCCACUUCAGUAUAAAGUGAUUAAGUCGUGUGGUUCACCCGGAAAUGGAGAAGGAGAAUUUAAUGGACCGCGCAGUAUUGUACAGAAUAAAUUCUCAGGAGACAUUGCCGUGGUAGAUACGUUAAAUAACCGCCUUCAGGUUUUUGAUGAGAAUUUGAAAUACCUCAGGACGAUAGGAGGCGAGGUGGGAUCGCCAACUGGUGAAGCUGUGAUGAUUGAUCAUCCUUUGUCUGUAGCAUUUUUAAGGGAUGGUGAUAUGGUAGUCAUCCAUAGCAUUGAGUGUUCCCCGACACACAUGUCUCUAAUCACUGAGGAUGGUCAGUUUAUCCGAAAGUUUAGUGAGCGCGUGUUUCGUCCUUCGACUGUUUUUGUCAGAAAUGGUGAUGAUGGUGAUCACGUGAUCGCUUGUGAUAAAGCUGACCGGAAAAUCAAGGUCCUUUCCCCAGACGGUGUGCAAUUACUACAAUUCUUUGGUGAUCCGGAUUGCGACGAUAGCCCCGCAUGUGUUUUUUAUCAUUGUGAUAAGUUCUUUGUGUCGUAUCACCUUGCUAACUGCAUAAAGGUUUUCAAUGAGGAGGGUGAAUUUAUUUUUAAUAUUGGCUGCGAGGGUUCUGGUGAAGGACUGCUAAAUUAUCCUUGCGGCCUUGUUGUUGACGCUUUUGAUAACCUGAUCGUCUGUGACAACCGCAGCAAUAGACUGCAAAUGUUUACCCAGGAUGGUGAAUUUCUCAGUUCCUUUUAUCAAGAAAUCCAAUCACCCUGGGGUAUGGCGAUUUCAAAAACUGGUGACUUGCUGCUUACUGAUAUGGGAAAGCAGCGUAUUAUCAUUUUACAAUAAGCUUGUUCUUUUUUUUCCUUUCCAGAAGUCCUUCCUGUAACACACUCUCGAUGGACACGCUCAUCAUUAUUUUUCUCAGUUCAUCUCAAUAAGCAAAGCAUUAAACAACAUCUGACAGGUAAUCAAGACGAAAGAAAUGUUACUGCCGUCACAAACGUAAUGAUCAAAGAAAAUGACUUAAUUAUAUGUCUAAGUCGUUAAAAUAUUUCAGACAUCGACGAGAAGGGAGAGAGGGGCGGGUUAUUGGAACACUGAUAUGCCCAAUUUUUCUCUACAUGAGAUAUCAAUUUACCGUAAGAUUGUAACCUAUUUAGACACCAAACGCCACAAUUUAAGAUACCAUAUGGCGAGUGAGAAAGAUUCCGGAAACUUAAGUACCCAAGCACGCUCUCGAGCCUCCAUUAUUGCUUUAAAGUGCGGAAAAAACAGAGUCUAUUCUUAGCUGUAAGUCAUCGAAGACGGGCAAAGGAUCGAGCACUGGGUGGGAAACGGCGGUUAUGGUCGUGAGGAAAAUAGCCUAGUCCUGCAAUUUUUUGCGCGCGGUCGCUUUUUGGCUCGUGCCCACAUUAACCGUGAGCCUGGCUCAAGCUAGCUUAGGCUCAUCUGGGGUAUACUAUAUUUGGCUCCUUUGAUAGAAUGAUAAAACUCAGUACUUGUGA